AAAUCCAAUUGACCGCCACUGUUCUAGCCAAUGAAAGACGCGAAAACCUGAGGCGCGGAAAAUAUAACAGGUCAUAACGUAUAUCCUCACUCUUGAUCAACCUUAAUCUUCUCGGUUAGAUUUUGUGGCUCUUUUUUUAACGUCGAUGAUGUCACCUGGCACAAACCUUCUUAUUUUGCCAGCUCACUUAGUCGAAGAAGUUUUCUCUUACCUUACUUAUGAGGAAGUUUCCAGAUUACGAGAGGCAGGUUUCUGAUGCUUAAACGUAAAAAUAAGAUUUAGACGUGUAAAUAUUUUAACGUCGUAUGUCGUCGUAUUCUAAACAAAGGACUUCGGCUCAUGGAAGAAAAGUUCAUCCGCUUUCAUGCAAAACUUCGGUCUCUGUUGCCGCGGCGUGAAUCCGAACGUCGAAGUCAUCUUCUGAAUAGGUCUGAAUAAGAAGAAUUCUAACUUUUUUCAGGCACUGUGAGGUAUUAUCUGCUGUCGAGACACGGAUAUCGCUUCUAAAAAUGAGUAUCAUGCUACAUGAAGAUAAAGACAGGUGUUGCUUUUUUCCUGGAAAAGUGCUUGAUGAAAUGAAGAACGUUUAUCAGUUCGUGCAGUCAAACUUAUCUGUCGAAAUACGACCUUAUGAAAUCUUGCAUGAGCUCCGGGAUAUUUCGUCAAUGGCAAUGGAUUAUUUUGAAGAGAAUAUCCUACCAUCUUUGCGUACUGACCCAGACCAUGAUGAUUCUUCGUUACCAUUGAAACCUGGAGUUCUUUCUUUUACCAAAACUCGUGGUCAUGUACCAAUUGACGAACUUCGUGCAGUUUCCGCUUUCAAAAGACAACGAUUUAAUCAGUUGGCUCAACGAUCUUGUCAGUCUUCAAACUCGGAGGAUGUUUGUUAUCAGGAUUCAGAAACAACCAGUUCUGAAGAUAUUCAGCUUAAUCACAGCAUAAUUUAUGAUGUAAAGCGUCUAAAAUGUACUCAAGCUUUGUACACAUCUCGUAUUGAUAAAUUGAGUCGUACGGUCCACCAUUUGUUGUGUGAGCAACGGGAACUAAUUAAAAAGAAUAAACUGUUGGAUUCAUUAGUAAAUAAACAAAAUCAAAGAAUUCAGCAUUUGGAAUCUGUUUGCGGUAUCAGUACAAUAGACAGGGAACUUGAGAUGGAGUCACUUUCAUUGCCAUCUUCAGCGUCAAGUCUUCGUGAUUCAUCUUCGUUUACUAGUACUACUACUAGCUGUGAUCAGUCAACUAUGGAGUGCAAUUCAAACAACUGUUCAAAAUCUUUAGGGAAAAGAAAACGAACUGAUGAAGAUAAUCAAUAUAGUAGUAAUGAUAAUAUUCUUCUUGGUGAGAAUAACAGUCAGCAUGUUUCACCCUCGAAAAUGCCAUGUCCGUCAGAAAUCGAAUGAAUAUAUAUAGGGUAUAAAGUACAUAUUUUUUUAAAUUUUUGAUUACAGCUCGAUUCCACACUGUAUUUUUAGUAAAGUAUGGAAUUUUCAGCAUGGAUAUCGGUAGCCCAAAUAUAGCAGGCCGACCAUAGAUAUCAGGU